AUGACUUCAGAGGACCUCAAAAACAUCCUGGAUGAUCUGAAAGAUGAUGAGCUGCAUAAAUUCCAGUGGUUCCUGCAGCAGCCCAACAAUGUUCAAGGCCUCCCAGCCAUCAGAAAGAGGAAACUACAGACAACCACAUGUAACACUGUGGAUGUGAUGGUGGAGACUUAUGGACUUCAGAGAGCUGUGGAGGUGACCAGGGUGGUUUUAGAGAAGAUCUCCAGGAAUGAUCUGCUGGAGAGGUUUUCUGCCAGCAGCUCAGGACCAGAAGGUUACAACAGAGGGGAGGAGUACUUCAGGAAGACAUUCAGUGAGGAGGAGCAGGCCAGCAGCAUCAUCUCCCACAUGAAGAAGUCACGAAGCCUCCACAUCAUGUGCCACAUCCCAGUGUUCUGCUGGAUCACUGCUACAGUUCUGGAGGAGCUGCUGAGAAGCAGAGAGGGAGGAGAUCUGCCCAGAACCCUGACUGAGAUGUACACAGAGUUUCUAAGAUUUCAGAUUGAUCGCACAAAAGAAAAGUACGGUCCAGAGAAGAGGAUUCAGUUCAUAAAGUCAUUAGCUAAACUUGCUUUUGAACAGCUGCAGAAGGUAAACCUGAUCUUCUAUGAGAAAGAUCUGAGAGAAAGUGGCAUCGAUGUGAGUGAAGCCUCAGUGUACUCAGGAGUGUUCACAGAGAUCUUCAAAGCAGAGCGAAGACGGAAACAGGAAGACAAGGUGUUCAGCUUUAUCCAUCUGAGUGUUCAGGAGUUUCUGGCUGCUCUUCAUGUCCAUCUGACCUUCAUCAACUCUGGAAUCAUCCUGCUGGAAGAAGAACAAACAACGUUCUGUUGGUCUAAACUGUUCAGAGAGAAAGUUGAUCCAACAGCUUUGUACCAGAGAGCUGUGGACGAGGCCUUACAGAGUCCAAACGGACACCUGGACUUGUUCCUGCGCUUCCUCCUGGGUCUGUCACUGCCAACCAAUCAGAAUCUCCUACGAGGCCUGCUGACACAGACAGGAAGUAGCUCACAGACCAAUCAGAAAACAGUGGAGUACAUCAAGAAGAAGAUCAGUGAGAAUGUGUCUGCAGAGAGAAGCAUCAAUCUGUUCCACUGUCUGAGUGAACUGAAGGAUGUUUCUCUAGUGGAGGAGAUCCAACAGUCCCUGAGAUCAGGACGUCUGUCCACAGAUAAACUGUCUCCUGCUCAGUGGUCAGCUCUGGGCUUCAUCUUACUGUCAUCAGAAGAACAUCUGGACGUGUUUGACCUGAAGAAAUACUCUGCUUCAGAGGAGGUUCUUCUGAGGCUGCUGCCAGUGGUCAAAGCCUCCAAGAAAGUUGUGUAAGUAGUUGGAGACUGAAGAUCCUUUUUCAU